AUGGCAUCCGCACCGGCCGUCCACGCAGGCCUCGCUGUCCAGCAGAGCACAAACAAGGGACGCCUCGUAGUUGCGACACAGGCCAUCCCCGCUCAGGCGGUACUAAUGGUCGACCUGCCCUAUGCCCUCGUGCCCGCGCCUCUCUCCCAUGAACCGCCUAUUUCCUUUUGCUGCAAUCAUCGCUGCAAUCGCCAGGCAUCCAGGGCCGGCCUCGAGCUUCAGCCUCGGCAAGAGAACCGCGAUGCGGCGAUGCAGGCGGACAACAGCAGAUCGGGGGGGCCGGUGACAUUCAUCUCCUGCCCGCGGCAGUGUGCUCCCGAGGUGCUCUGGUGCAGUAGAGAUUGCCAUGCGCAGGAUGCGGCAAGACACAACCCAGAGUGUGCGUGGCUGCGCUCUUCUGGUGCCCGCGCUCGCGCGGAGCAGGGCGAGUUCGAGUUCGAGCUCUUGUGGCUGCUGGCCAGGACAUCCAUCAGGAGGCACUGCGACAGCAAUAUCGGCUCAGAACCCGGGGAGAAUCACAAUGAGAGUGUAGAAACAGGCUCUGCAGUGACGACCUCCGCAGGCUCGUCACAUUUCGAUCGUCGUGGAUGGGACUCGGUCUGGGAUCUCGAAGGCUCCCCGGGGUCAUUCCCCGUGGACGAAGUGGCAGGCUGGCGAGACCUGACGAGCACAUAUCUCGUCGACAAGAUCCCAGGCGUAGAAUGCACCGCUGAGCAGGCCAUCGGGCUCAUCUGCAGGCUCGAGACCAACUCGUUUGGCCUGUACCCCGGCGUGACGGGCGACUAUCCCAUCAAGACACACGCCGGACGUGGCGAGUAUUUUGGGAGUGGGCUGUAUCCGACGGCAGCCAUGUUCAACCAUGCCUGCUGUCCAAAUGUAUCUCAUCGCCUCGACGAACAUAGCCGCAGGAUAUUCACGGCGAACCGCGAGAUCAAGCCGGGCGAAGAGUGCUGCAUCUCAUACUUUGAUCUCGUCGAGUUCCGGGACGCGGCGGUCCGGCGCCACGAGAUCAGAACCAAGUGGACCUUUGGGUGCGACUGCCAGCGGUGCCAGGACGAUGCGAACGAGGGGCUGCCGGACUUCCUCACAGGCCUGGACAUUGAGAACGACUAG